AUGAUGUCCAUGAACAGCAAGCAGGCGUUCAGCAUGCACCCCAUCCUGCACGAACCCAAGUACCCCCACCUGCACACCAGCUCCGAAGCCAUCCGCAGAGCCUGCCUGCCCGCCCCCCAGAUCCAGGGUAACAUUUUUGCGGGCUUUGACGAGACCUUGCUGCGGGGUGCUGAGGCUCUGGCCGCUGUGGAUAUAGUAUCGCAGAAAACCCACCCCUUCAAGCCGGAUGCCACCUACCACACCAUGAGCAGCGUGUCCUGUACUCCUACCUCGUCCUCCGUCCACCUGCACCACCCGUCCGUGCUGACCACGCACCAUCCCCACCACCACCACCACCAGCCCUCCCAGGGCCUGGACGGCGAGCUCCUGGACCACCUCAACUCUGCCCUCCCCCUCGGAGGGGUGCCGGGCCCGGACGUGGGCUCCACACCUUCGCACCCUCACUCCCACAUGUCAGCUAUCAACCACAUGGCCCACCACUCCCAACCUAUGAACAUGUCCCACCCCCACGGCCUCGCUUCCCACGCCGUCAUCUCCGGCCCCGAGACGGAGACGGACCCCCGGGAGCUGGAGUCCUUCGCCGAGCGGUUCAAGCAGCGGAGGAUCAAGCUGGGGGUGACCCAAGCGGACGUGGGCUCCGCGUUGGCCAACCUGAAGAUCCCGGGGGUGGGCUGCCUUAGCCAAAGCACAAUCUGCAGGUUUGAGUCUCUCACCUUGUCCCACAACAACAUGGUGGCCCUCAAGCCCAUCCUAGAAGCGUGGCUGGAGGAGGCCGAGCGGGCCCAGAGGGAGAAAAUGACCAAACCUGAGAUCUACACGGGGGGUGACAAGAAACGCAAGCGUACCUCCAUCGCUGCCCCCGAAAAGCGGUCGCUGGAGGCCUAUUUCGCCGUGCAGCCGCGGCCCUCCUCGGAGAAAAUUGCCGCCAUCGCCGAGAAGUUAGACUUGAAGAAGAACGUGGUGCGGGUCUGGUUUUGCAAUCAGAGACAGAAGCAGAAAAGGAUGAAAUUUUCUGCCACCUACUGAAGAAGGGGUUGGGAGGGCAGUGGUGGGGAGUGUCUGCCUCCCC